AUGGCGCCGUCGUCCUCAUCAUCCCCCCGCCCCCUCCCCUGCGGCAUCUACGCCCCGACAAUGACCUUCUUCGACCCCACCACCGAAGACCUCGACAUCCCCACCAUCAAGUCCCACGCCCAGCGCCUCGCCCGCGCCGGUCUCGCGGGGCUCGUCGUCAUGGGGUCCAACGGCGAGGCCGUCCACUGCACCCGCGACGAGAAGCUCUCCGUCCUGCGCGCCACCCGCGAGGCCCUCGACGACGCCGGCUUCCCCUCCGUGCCCGUCCUCUUCGGCGCCACCGAGGCCAGCGUCCGCGGCACCAUCGAGCUGUGCCGCCUCGCCGCCGACCCGGCCCACGGCGGCGCCGACGCCGUCCUCGUCCUCCCGCCGUCGUACUACCGCGCGCUCGUCGACGAGGACACCAUCGCCGACUACUUCGCCGCCGUGGCCGCCGCCAGCCCCGUCCCCGUCAUCCUCUACAACUACCCCGGCGCCGUCGCGGGCGUCGACCUCGACAGCGACUUGCUGAUUCGCCUCGCGCGCGAGAACCCCAACAUCCGCGGCACAAAGUUCACCUGCGGCAGCACCGGCAAGCUCACGCGCGUCGCCGCCGCGCUCGACGCAAAGACCCCCGCGGGCGAGGGCUCCGGAUACAUGGCCUUUGGCGGCAUCUGCGACUUCACCCUCCAGACCCUCGUUAGUGGCGGCAGCGGCGUCAUCGCUGGCGGCGCAAAUGUCAUGCCCAAGCUCUGCACCCGCGUCUGGGACCUCGCUGCCCAGGGCAAGCGGGACGAGGCCGAGGCUCUGCAAAAGAUCCUCAGCCGCUGCGACUGGCCCCUCACAAAGGCCGCCAUCGCUGGCACCAAGCAGGCCAUCCAGCUCUACUAUGGUUACGGCGGCUAUCCCCGCCGCCCGCUCAAGAGGCUCGACGACGCCAGGAUCGCCGCCAUAAAAGAGGGCACCAAGGAGGCCAUGGAGAUUGAGAAGAGCCUGUAG